CGCGUAUACAACCACCGUGCGGCGCCGGCAGUGUUCGGUUGAAAACCGCCCCGUAGUCACACGCGUGGCGACUGGCGACCCAACAGCGUACAGUCUCCUCCGAUGAUGAGCCGCGCAAAAGAUUAAACGAAAAUAAAACAAUCAUGGAGAAGACGUACUUCAAUGAGUCGCAUUUACCAGACGAUGGGUUUUCGACCAUAGCUACGUCAUUAAUGGCCGUCCACAUGGUGCUUGUGGCGAUAAUCGGCACCACAGCGAAUUUAUGUGUGUUUCUGGCUCUAUCCAUGAGCCAUAAGGUUUCCAACAACCUUUUGCUGCUAAACUUGUGCGUCGCUGACAGUAUGGUGUGCAUUAUUAGCGGACCGUUAACAGUGCUUUCUUGGGAGUGGCCGAUACUGUCUUCGUACACCAUCGUUAACGCAGUACAGUACAUACCGGUGGCGGCCAGCACGUUGAGCCUGAUGACGCAGUCGAUCGACCGGUACGCGUCCAUCAAACACCCGCGGCACAACAGGUUGCAUCGGGACAAACACGUCGGGUAUCUGGUGUCCGGCGUGGCGGCCGCGUGGACGGUGGCAGUGGUCGUCUCGGUGCCGAGGUACGCGUGGCCAGUCCGCCGGCUGAUCGUGGACAUGCAGUGGACGCGGUACUACGAGGCGUGCUACGUGGCCGUGGUGUUCGCCGUUCCGUGGGCCGCUGUAGCGUUCAGCCAGCGGGCCGUCAGCAGGACGCUGUACAUCACGUCGCUCAAGGCGGCCGCGGCCCGCGGUCAAUUGCCUCUGCCCAUGCCCUUAAUGACGGCCGAGUCCAAGCAAGUGAUCCUAGUGGCGUCCAUACAGAAGAAUACAACUGUCCAGUCCAAGGUUACCAAUGACGUUGUGGUACAACAGCAACAACCACAUUCGUCCCAUCAGCAAACUCAACAAGAACAACAGCAGCAGCUGCAAGUACAACAGCAACAGCAGCAGAAGCAGCGUCCAACGCCGAGCGCACGAAGCCGGAGACGGUUGGCCAAAGUUUUGGUAGCACUGGCCGGCGUGUUCGUCGCCUGUUGGUUACCGUACGCCGCUGCGUUACUCUACGCGAACUGGUUUUUUUCGUCACCACAAGACGGUGACGUCGACGAAAACGGUAACAAAGGCGACGGUGGCAGCAGGCACACAGUCCAGCAGUUGGCCACCGUGGCCGCUAUGCUGCUGGGACACGCCCAUUCAGCCGUCAACCCCGUGGUGUACUGGUGGCUGAACCGGCACACGUUAAGCGCCUGUCCGUGGUGCUGGUCUUCGGGUGAUCAGUUUGAUGACGACGAUGAUGACGACGGUGCAGGGUUCGGAUGCGGAGCAUUGGGUUGCGUAGUCGGCGGGGCCGUGAUGGCGUUCGGAUGCGGCCGGGGCGACGGCAGUUGCGGUGACAGCGGUGCCGUCGAUUGCGGCGGCGGCACCGGUUGCCGGCAGUCACAAAACCACACGCCUACACGGCUCAACCGAUUGCUGUUCCACCGACAGCCCAACAACCACCAGCGCAGCCGCCAACCGUCGUCCACCAACGAAGCAGCCCUGGGCCCGUUCAACCCUAGGUUCGCCACCCCGAAGAAGCGGCCACAACAGUUGCCCGUCGUCAAGAACCCUGUCAUGCUGUAUUACGCUUAAAUUACUGUUCGACCCCACACCGGUCAACCCAUCCCACCCACAAUGCACAACACUACCCGAUCCCCGUCUGUCACAGGUUCUAUCUCCUCGUUUACACAUCAUCGAUAUGUAACUCAAAGCUUGACGUUACUGAAACGAUGACCCACAUCUACCACCACUCACAUACAUGUCCGACAUUCCUGUUACAAUCAUUUUGUUGAACUUGUAGGUCCACUUGACACGUCCACAUCCCAAGAACGUAAAACAAAAUUGCCAAGUCUGGGGCCUGAAAUAGAAAAAAAUAAUUUUGGAAACAAAAUGUUUCUAGAUAUUUUGCAAAAUUGCUGGAUACGAAUAAUUUGUUUUUAUAAAUUUGAUUUGUAGUCGACAGGGGUGCUUGCUUGACCUCAGAUCUCAGACUUGUCAUGAACGAUCUGUGUACAUAACGGUGAGCCUGUAGCCUCUAUGAAAACUUAUUUGUUAUCAGUGCUAUCGCGAUGCCUCGACUCGGUGGCACUGAACUAUAUAGUUAUACUGUUUAUAGUUUUGUGAUCAGUGGCUACUUUAUCCUAUAAUUAAUACCUUGAGAUACAUCUUUGAAUUUAGUUGGUGAUACUGGGUAGGUCAAAAUAUAAUAUAAUGCUUAUAAACACAUACAAAUUUAGAUUUGAUUGUAUGUAAAAACUUGUGCAGUUGUAUACCUACAUCGUGAACUAAUAUGUUAUAUUGUGUUUUAUAUUAAACAACAAAGCAACACAAUAGCUCUAACUUGGUACAACUCUCAAGUACCUAUUAAAAAGUAUGUGUAAUUCAGUAAUUUUUUGUUUCCCCAUAAUUUGUAAUCAUAGUCACUUAGCAACCACUGUACCUCGUCGAGUAUGGAAGAAGGUAAUCUUCCACAGGUAAGUAUUUUGUGAAUUCGUGUUGGUACGAUCGUUGUAGAACGAAGCGUUUAUCGGAGUGUUUUUUCAAACAUAUUAUGUCGCAGUCAACUUAAAAAUACGUUUCUAUUUUAUUACUGUAGAUACUUCUGUUGCCAACGAAAAAAUCAUUUGGAGUGUCACGAUUCACAUCUUAGUCACUAGUUUAUCUUAGUAUAUUAUCGUAAUAAUAUUAUUAUACUAUCCUUAUUCUGUUAUUAAUAAUACAAAUUUUAAAUGUGUUUUAAUGGAUAUUUUCUGUAUAAUUAAUUCGUUGUUUGUGUAUUUGUGUAAACUAUUUUCAAACUAUAUAAUAUUUAUGCGUUUUGUGAUUUUUCAUUUUAAUAAGUGUAAAACACUCUGAUCAAUAUGUUACUCUACGUCCAAUUUAAAGAUUUUUAUUGUGUAUUAAUAUAAAAACAUUAUAGAUCAAAAAAUGAUAUUAUAAUAUUUAUCAUUAAAUUUGUUGUGUGUCGACUUCAGUCUAUAUGCAAACGGACUUAUACUUUGCAUGAAGUUAUUAAAUAAGAAUUUAAAUGAAGUGUAGUUUAGGUAUAGUAUAUUAGUAUAUUAUAAUGUUAAUCAUUCCGUUAUCGACCAAUAUGUUUUUUGUUUGAUAUUUUUUCUCUCGGUCAAUUAUACUAAUUAUUGUUUCUACUUUCGAUGGAUACACAUUAGAUACCUAACGGAAAGGUAGUAGGUAUGAUGAAUUCGUCGAAUAAUCUAAUCGUUCAUUCCAUUCGACGUUAAAGCCAAUAAAUCAAGUGCAAAAAAAUACACGAUUUGUAUCGUGAUCAUUAUAUCUGCAUAAAUGUAUAAUACGUUGAAAAAUAAGUUGUAAGAAUUUGUCCAGUUACAUGAUUUCCAAUAUUAUACAAUUUAUCGACUGAUCGACUGAUCGACUGAUCGACUGGUAAUACAAUUUACGUUUUUGAGCGUACGGUACUACAUAACUAUUGCGAUCGACUUAAACGGAUAUCCAGGUCCAUUUGGUAUAAUAUAUUAUAAGAAUACUGUUAUUGCAUGUAAGACAAGCGCCAAUCUCCAUUUUUAAACGUAUACUGAGAAUGGGAAUAUGAUUUGUCGAUUUACUUACAUUCGUGUGCUUUACCUGUAUCCGUCAAUAGCUUUAUCUGAGGACUAUAAUAAUAUAUUAUACGGCGGAUUGCCCACAGAUAUAAAUAAAACAUUUCCGUUUAAGCGAUUCUUUUUGAACGGGGAAAUAAAAGUAUAGACGUACAAACACGACGAAUAUAUUAUUCGUAUCGAAAACACAAAAUUCGAGUCUGUUGUAGUGCAUAAUGCAAAUUGUAUUGCCAUCGUUGGCGUCAGUAGUAUUAAUUUAUUGGCCGAGGGAUCAAAUAAUCAUUCCUCCUCGCGUAUUUCAUAAUUCUCGUAUACAUAUGUAGUUAUAGUAUUAUGUGCCUUCCCAGUAGUACUUACACCACCUAUACACACCUUCACUACACUACAGUCUACAGGGUCCAAUUAUUAUUAUUAUUAUUA